CCUGCUUUGAUGCAAGCGCAACCGGUGCGCGCCAGUGCUGUAGCUCCUGAUGCCGCGGCAACUACCGACUCUGUUUCCGCUGUAGUACCUCCUGUUUGCGGACCGUCACUGCCUGCGUGUGCCACCGGCGCUUCUCCCGGCGUGCUUCCUACGCGCAUCCGAGUAGAAGGGGGGUUUACCCUUCUUGGCGACAACAUACCCCCCGAGAUCCU